UCAUUUCACUCCUUGAGGCAAAUCUUAAAACUGCUGGGUCGCUCAGAUAAGGGAUUCUCAAAAUCAGCACGAACCCUAAUCUCCUGAAACCAGAGAAAUCCGAUAAGAGGAUAUGGCGCUCGCUUCUCGUUUCCUCUCCAGAUCCAAGCAGAUCCAUGGCAGUCUGGUCGCCUUGCAGCAGAACCAUGCCAUUCCAGUCCGUUCCUUUGCCAAAGAAGCUGCCCGUCCUACUUUUAAAGGAGAUGAGAUGUUGAAGGAGGUCUUCAUGGAGAUCAAGACCAAAUAUAAUGCUGCGGUUGAUGUUCUUCGUAAGGAAAAGAUCACCAUUGAUCCAGAUGAUGCAGCUGCUGUACGGCAGUAUGCAAAUGUCAUGAAGACAAUCAGACAAAAGGCAGACAUGUUCUCAGAAUCUCAACGGAUUCAGUAUGAUAUUGAGACUGAGACUAAGGAGAUUCCAGAUGUUCGUGAGUACUUGUUGAAGUUGCAAGAAAUUCGUGAGGGGAGGGGCCUUACCGAUGAGCUUGGUGCUGAGGCUAUGAUGUUUGAGGCUCUUGACAAAGUCGAAAAGGAGAUAAAAAAGCCUCUUAUGAGGGACGAUAAGAAAGGAAUGGCUCUUUUGAUGGCAGAAUUCGACAAGGUCAACAAGAAGCUUGGAAUCGGGAGGGAAGAUCUUCCAAAAUACGAGGAAGAGCUGGAGCUCAAAAUUGCCAAAGCACAGUUGGAGGAACUGAAGAGUGAUGCCCUUGAAGCCAUGGAAGCUCAGAAAAAGAAGGAGGAAUUCCAAGACGAGGCCAUGCCCGAAGUGAAGUCUUUGGACAUCCGUAACUUCAUAUGAAGUUUUAAUAACUUAAGCUGUUGUCUCUCUCAGAUUCAGAAGGUUUACCUUCUACUCUUUUGAUUUGGUAAUGAAUAAGGUUACUUACCUUGGGGGGAACACACUGUUUUUUGACACUCCAAUCUGCAUAUUGAGUUGUUCUCUUUUGACAGAUGACAGUUUCGGUGCAAUGGAAAAACAAAGGCCUGUAUUUUGAUGUGUCAUUAACGUGGUUCUUCUUUUGA